AUGGAGGUGUCAUGGUUAAGAGUUCUUCUGGAUAACGUCUCCUCGUUUCUAAGCUUAUCUUCAAUGGAAGACUUACAUUCAAACCCAGCUCAUGAGUACUACACCAGAGGAGAAGACAUAGCAAAGCUUCUCAAGCCUGUUCUUGAGAAUCUUAUUGGCUCUGAUGCGGCUCUUAACGAACUGCUUAACAACGGAUUUGAAGAAUUAGCUCAAUACGUUGAUGAAUUAAGAGAGCAGUUUGAGACAUGGCAUUCUCUUUCAAGUAGAAUCUUCUAUGUUCUUCGAAUUGAAUCAUUAGCUUCAAAGUUCCGUGAAUCAAGUUUGGAAGUCUUUCAGCUUCUGAAACACUGCGAGCAGCAUUUACCUGCCGAUUUCAUUUCACCAUCCUUUGAGGAGUGCAUAGAGUUGGUGAAGUUAGUUGGAAAAGAGGAGAUUACGUUUAGUAUAGAUCUAGCUCUGAUAGAGCAAAGGGCAGGUGUUGGACCUACUUCAGAGGAUCUUGUGAAAAUUGGUGAGAGUGUUGGUUUAAGAUCCAACAAGGAGAUUCUGAUUGAAGGUGUGGCACUUGCAAACCUCAAGGAAGAAGCAGAGCUCAACGAGAACAACACAGAAGCUGAGUAUAUUGAAAGAUUGAUCUCUCUCAUAACACAAAUGCAUGAUUACCUUACAAACGUGAAGCAGUCUCAGUUACAUCGUCUUGUCCCUUGCGACUUCUGCUGUCCUCUGUCUCUUGAGCUCAUGACUGAUCCAGUCAUUGUGGCUUCUGGUCAAACAUACGAACGUGUCUUCAUCGAGAAAUGGAUCGAUAUGGGACUCAUGGUUUGCCCUAAAACCAGACAGCCUCUAUCUCAUACCACUUUGACACCUAACUUCAUCGUCAAGGCAUUAAUUGCCAACUGGUGUGAAUCAAACAAUCUCCAUCCUCCUGAUCCUUUGGAGCUGAUCCACUCAAGCCAGCCAUUCCCUCUUCUUGUUGAAUCAGAUAUUGAUUCACUUAAGUCAGAGAUAGCUUUAGACGCAAGCAAAUGCGAGCUUAGGUCUACAUCUGCGCCAGAGAUUGUCUCUGAAGUGGUUUCCAAAACUAAUAAUGCAUCAACCUCAAAGGAAGGGAAUGAAACCAUUUGGCGACUUCCAUCGCUGAGGCAUUUUCGUCACCCAGGGAUCGUCCCACCGACGAUAAGAGAAACUGGAAGCAGCUCAAGCUGCGAAUCCGAGGUGAAGAAACUGAUGGAAGAUCUCAAGAGUCCUUCUUUGGAUGCACAGCGAGAAGCCGCAGCUAGGGUUAGGGUAUUAUCAAGAAACAGCACAGACAACCGCAUUGUGAUCGCGAGGUGUGGAGCGAUCAACACGUUAGUGAAACUGCUCUACUCAACGGACGAGAGAAUCCAAGCGGACGCUGUGACAAGUUUACUAAACUUAUCAAUCAACGACAACAACAAGUCUCUCAUCUCGGAUAGUGGAGCUAUAGAGCCUCUCAUUCACGUUCUCAAAACAGGAAGCGUGGAAGCUAAAGAGAACUCAGCAGCGACUCUGUUUAGUUUAUCUGUGAUAGAAGAGAACAAGACAAAGAUUGGAGAAGCAGGAGCUAUAGAGCCGCUUGUUGAUCUCUUGGGGAACGGAAGACUAAGAGGCAAGAAAGACGCAGCGACUGCUCUGUUCAACCUCUCGAUACACCACGAGAACAAGACGAAAGUGAUCGAAGCUGGUGCGGUGAGAUACUUGGUUGAGUUGAUGGAUCCUGGAGCUGGAAUGGUGGAGAAAGUUGUGGUUGUGCUUGCGAAUCUUGCGACGGUUAAAGAAGGGAAGAUUGCGAUCGGAGAAGAAGGAGGUAUACCGUUGUUGGUGGAAGUUGUGGAGUUAGGCUCAGCGAGAGGCAAAGAGAAUGCAAGUGCAGCGCUUUUGCAGCUUUGUAUGCAUAGCCCCAAAUUCUGCAAUAUUGUCAUUAGAGAAGGAGCUAUUCCUCCUCUUGUCGCUCUUACUAAAACAGGAACAGCUAGAGCCAAAGAGAAGGCACAGAAUCUUCUUAAGUACUUUAGAGCCCAAAAACAAGCCAACCAGAGGAGAGGCUGA